AUGAAAAGUAAUUCUGACGACGAGCUGCCCAUAGCAAGACCGUCAGAGUAUGGAUGGAAUAUAUCACCGGAAGUAUUUAACACUCUCAAAAACUUAAUGUUACCCGAAUUAGAUUGUAAAGUCUGCACCGAAAUAUUUAUAGAUCCAAUAACAACACCAUGCGGACAUACGUUUUGCAAAUCGUGUAUAACACGCUCACUUGAUCAUAGCGACAAAUGCCCACUAUGUCGACAUCCGCUAACGAACUAUGCGUUCUUUCAACAUCAUCCGAUAAACAAGCCAAUACACAACCUCUUGCAAAGCUUUUAUACUGAAUUAUACAAACAACGGCAGACUGCAUUAGAACACGAAUUAUAUCAUAAUAUGCAAGAAACGCCAAUAUUCGUGUGUUCUCUAGUCUUUCCGCGAAUGCCUUGCUUUAUCCAUGUAUUCGAACCACGAUACCGUCUCAUGAUACGUCGAUGUUUGGAAUCACGUCAACGUCGGUUCGGUAUGGUUCUUCCCGAUCGCAACGGCCAAGGAUAUUGCGACUACGGGACGAUGCUUGAAAUCAGAUCGAUUGAAUUCCUACCUGAUGGCCGUUCGCUCAUCGAAACCAUCGGUUCAUACCGGUUUCGUGUGAUUGAGCGUGGGAUGCGUGACGGAUAUCAUGUUGGAAAGAUCGAACGCAUAGACGACCUAGAUCCCGAGGAAGAAGAAGAAUUAGAACGCAAGGCAAUUGCAAGGGCACAGUUGAACAACGCCAAUCCUAAUAACCCCCGCAUAGAAGAACCGACUACAGCCGAGCUGAUUGCUACCGCACGCGAGUUCAUCGAAUCUCUCAGGAACGGAUCCGCGUGGAUAUUACAACGUUUGAACUCUACAUAUGGCGAGAUGCCUGAUAGUCCGGCUGGUUUUUCUUUCUGGGUUGCUACCGUAAUACCAAUAGACCCGUUUGAGAAAUCCAAGCUUCUCGAAAUUAG